AUGAAUAAGUAUGCUGAGGGCUACCCUAAUUCUCGCUAUUAUCAAGGGUGUCAAUACAUGGAUAAAAUUGAAGAACUGGCGGUUGAUUUAGCCAAAAGAUUAUUCGGAACCGAAUAUGCCAACGUUCAGCCACAUUCUGGUUCCCAAGCCAACCAAGCAGUAUAUUUAGCCCUUUUACAGCCUGGUGCUAAAAUAUUGAGUUUAAAUUUGCUCGCCGGCGGGCAUUUAACUCACGGUGCCAAAGUAAACUUUUCCGGAACCUUUUACCAAAUUCAUUAUUAUAAUCUUAACCCGCUUACGCAAAAAUUAGAUUACGAAGAAAUUAACCAAAUCGCCCAAAAAGUUAAACCAAAAUUGAUUAUCGCUGGUUAUAGUGCUUACAGUUUAAAAAUUGAUUUUGCCAAGUUUCGGAAAAUUGCUGAUAAAGCUGGUGCUUACUUGCUGGCUGAUAUCGCCCAUGUAGCAGGUUUAGUGGCUGCUGAUUUGUUUCCUAAUCCUGUUCCUUACGCCGAUGUAAUUACUUUUACUACCCAUAAGACUUUAAGAGGACCACGGGGAGCAGUGAUUUUAGCCAAAAAAGAAUUAGGACAAAAAAUUGAUAAAGCCGUUUUUCCCGGGAACCAAGGGGGACCAAAUUUAGCAAUUAUUGCGGCCAAAGCCCAAUGUUUUUGGGAAGCCCUGCAACCAGAAUUCAAAGAAUACCAAAAAAAAGUUUUAAAAAAUGCGAAAGCCAUGGCUGAAUAUUUUCAAAAAAAAGGUGUCAAAGUAAUCAGCGGUGGCACCGAAACCCAUUUAUUAUUAAUUGAUACUAAAAGUAGUUAUAAUUUAACGGGGAAAGCAGCAGCAGAGAGAUUAGAGGAAAGAGGCAUUAUUUGUAAUAAGAAUAUGCUUCCUUACGAUGAUGAAAAACCCUGA